GUUUCGCCUGCCCUGCACGCCUUCUACUACACCUGGUACGGGACGCCGCGCCUCGACCGCCGCUACGUGCACUGGGACCACGCGAUGGUGCCCCACUGGGACCCCAAGAUCGCCGCCAGCUACGCCAAGGGCCGCCACAGCCCCCCGGAGGACCUGGCGGCCAGCUUCUACCCGGCGCUCGGGCCCUACAGCUCCCGCGACCCGGGCGUCCUGGAGGACCACAUGCACCAGCUGCGCGCCGCCGCCAUCGGCGUCAUCGCUCUGUCCUGGUACCCACCAGGUGUUGCAGAUGAGAACGGGGAGCCCUCGGAGAGCCUGGUCCCCUUCAUCUUGGAUGCUGCACAGCGCUAUGCCAUCCAGGUCACAUUCCACAUACAGCCAUACAAAGGCCGCGAUGACAACACACUGCACAGCAAUGUGAAAUAUAUCCUGGACAAGUAUGGGACUCACAAGGCCUUUUACAGGUACAAGACGAGCACGGGCCGGAACCUGCCAUUAUUCUACAUUUAUGACUCCUACCUGACUCCACCUGAAGCCUGGGCCAACUUGCUCAGCCCAUCUGGGUCCCACUCCCUGCGCAACACUCCCUAUGACGCCGUUUUCAUUGCCCUGUUGGUAGAGGAAGGGCACAAGCAGGAGAUCCUCUCGGCUGGGUAUGACGGCAUGUACACCUAUUUUGCCUCCAAUGGCUUCUCUUAUGGCUCCUCCCACCAGAACUGGAAAGCCAUCAAAGCCUUCUGCGAUGCCAACAACCUCCUCUUCAUCCCCAGCGUGGGGCCCGGCUACGUCGACACAAGCAUCAGGCCGUGGAAUAACCACAACACCCGCAACCGAGUGAACGGCAAGUACUAUGAGACAGCCCUGCAGGCGGCUCUCGUGGUGCGCCCAGAGAUUGUUUCCAUUACUUCAUUCAAUGAGUGGCACGAGGGCACCCAGAUUGAGAAGGCAGUGCCUAUGAAGACCCUGACACGGCUUUACUUGGAUUACUCCCCCCAUCAGCCAGACAUGUACCUGGAGCUGACCCGCAGGUCAAUGUUUACUCGGCCAUUUAGUCCCCUCUCUCAAGAGACAGGACAGCCUGUGCAUGUCAUACAAGCCUCGGCAGUUUCAGGAUACCCAACCUUGCAAUAAAACGUAAGUCCCACCGUCAUCAGUGCCUGGUGCUCAGAUGAUAAGAGGCUGCCCAGGGAAGGGAGAAAUGCCACAUGCCUCCACUACAGCCUGGGUCCCCUCCUUGUCAGGAUUCAGAUCAUAAAAUCAUUUCUUACACAGUUCGGGGGCAGCUGUAUUCAUUGCCUGAUGCAAAUAACACCUCUUGGCUUAGAGAAAAAAAAUCAGAGAAGAGGAACAAGGGCUUUCAGUUUCAGUUAGCGGGAUCGCUAGAGGCCAGGAGCAACAACAGGGAGGAGAGGGAAGAAUGUUUGAUAUUCUCAUUCUUCUGUUUUGGUCAGAGGUGAGGCAUGCCAGGAACAUCAGCCCAACAACCCUCGGAGAACCCGAUUUUGCUCAUCCCUUUUUACAUCGCUGUUAUCAAGUUAUGUGCCACUCACCAAUAAAGAUA